UGUUGAAGGGACCCGGAUAAUUUCUUUCACUGUUUACUUUCAUUGUAUCGAGCAGUUACAAUUUUCACGAGAUGUCAUUGUCUCCCGUCUACAACGCCAUAUUCAGGAAUAAUCUUACUCAAAUUCAAUCCGCCGCAGCUGCGUGUUUAAAGCGAACCGGGGGUUGUCAGACAAUUGUCCGCGGAAGGUGUGCUCUGUUGAAUACGCAGACAAGGCUUCUCAGCAGUAGGACGCAGACAAAUAGCAGAAGGAAACUUUGUCGAAACGGGGAGGAGAAAAAACUAGUGGUUUGCAUUGAAGGGAACAUUGCCAGUGGGAAGACGACAUGUUUGGAGCACUUCAGUAAAACCAGUAAUAUUGAGGUAUUGACAGAACCAGUUUCUAAGUGGAGGAAUGUUCAAGGCCACAACCCUCUAGCUUUGAUGUACCAGGACCCUUCUCGAUGGGGCAUCACCCUGCAGACGUACGUGCAGCUGACCAUGCUGGACCGUCACCUCUCCACAAUAUCAACUCCUAUAAGAAUGAUGGAGAGAUCCAUCUACAGCGCCAAGUACAUCUUUGUAGAAAAUCUUUACCGAAGUGGGAAAAUGCCGGAAGUAGACUAUGUCAUUCUGAGCGAAUGGUUUGAGUGGAUCACACAGAACAUUGCCAUUCCGGUGGAUCUCAUUGUUUACCUGCAGACUACUCCACAGACCUGCUAUGAGAGACUGAAACAGAGAUGCAGGGAGGAGGAAAAGAUGAUUCCUAUGGAAUAUUUGGAAGCAAUCCAUCAGUUGUACGAAGACUGGUUAAUCAACAAGACAUCAUUUUAUCUACCUGCUCCUGUUCUAGUAAUACCUGCAGACCAUGACCUUCAGAAGAUGCUUCAUCAAUAUGAGGAGAACAGAGAAAAAAUUUUAAUGACCAGGAAUGCGUAAUUGUCUGAAGUAAAUGUGUUGAUCCACAGACAAACCAUAUCUACUCUUUCAGUACAGGAGGUCUGCUUCUGAUGUACCACAACAGGGCAGCUGCUGUCAAGAGAGCUGGUGUCUCCUUUAUUGUAAUGUUUCAUUUGCUGCUUUCUCUCUCAUUUUUUUCCUUUACAUUAGUCUGAGGGACUCCUUUUUUACAGGAACUUUUCAGUUCUAAAGAGAGUCUUAAGGAGUCAUGUUGAACAUGAUGUGUUUUCAGGAUUCAGUCUCAUUUAAAGUGUAUGUUAUAUUGGCUGUUUAGAUUUGGACAACAUUAACCGGGUCUACUUCACAAGUUUAGGUUGAUUUUGCUGUCAUUCCACUACAAAAUGUAAUGUAUAGCUACCUCUCACAAUUAACAACAUAUUUGCAGUAAGUGUUUAUUUAAUAAAAGCAUUUUCUGUCUGUUACAAUAAAAUCUGUCAACAAUGUUAUUCUUAAAGCUAUUUAUGCAAGUACAAAAAAAUUAAAUUGUAGUUCAGUACUUUACAUCCC